AUGGAUGGUGGUGGUAACGGUGGCAACGGUGGACAACCACAACUGUCCCCCGAAUUCCAAAAAGUACUUGCCAGCUUGACUCCAGAGCAGAGAAGGGAUUACAAUACCUGCGCCACGAACCAAGAAGAAGUCAGAAUGUUGAGAGUGAUUUUAGCUGAUCGAAAGAAAUCGGAAACCUUCUGGGAAAUGACUUCCAUCUUUGUCUACGCAAUUGUUACAAUUUCCAUUUGCGUAGGAAGUGCAGUUUACUUUUCAAGCGAGGAAUCGACCAAAAAUUUCGGUAUAACUCUAAAUUGUGUCUACUAUUCAAUCAAGUUUAUACUUCUGAUGGUAAAGUUAGAGCGAACUGGAAUUAUCUAUAAUAAAUUACAUGAUUUAAUCAUCAUUAUACCACCAUUAUUGGGAAUAUCACUUGCAGUGGUUCUAGGACUUUACGUCCAACAACUUACUUUAACAAUCAACUUUAUAAAUCUCAGAUUAGAGAUAUCUAAAUUUUAUCGCGUCGUCUAUUCUUCAGCACUACUAAGGAUUUGGUGGUCACUUGAUCAUUUGUUGCUAAUACGCACUU